UCGAGCCGUUUGUGCCAGGAUGGGGAGAAGGAGUCAGACUCAUGAGGAAGACGCUCUCAGACUCUCAAGGGCUUCAGAUCAGCUGUCUGGCCACUGGUUUUAACCCCCAUCACAUUAACCUGACCUUGUUCAGAGAUGGUCAGCCUGUGGAUGAUGAUCAGAUCACAAGAGGAGAGAUUCUGCCCAACGGAGACGGAAUGUACCAGAUGAGGAAGAGUUUGGUGAUCAGUAAAGAAGAACUAUGUGAGGAACAUAAAUACAACUGCACAAUGAAGCACCUCAGUCUGCACAACAAACUGGACAUUAUUUUUGAUGUGGCUGAAUAUGAGCCAGGAUCCUUCAGUCAGUCUGUAGUUUUCAUUGUGCUGGUGUUCAUGUGUGCGGCUGUUUUCAUCACAACUGCACUCAUAUGGAGGAAGAGACCAGCUGCUGGGGAUCUGAGACAUCAAAGAGUGAUUAUUCCCUUACUCCAUCUUCCGUGCAAGAUGAAGCAUAAAAAGUGAGUCUACAUGGACCUAUAUUAUAUUCAAGAUAAUACAUGAAAAACUUAUAAAGCUUUACCACUUACUUGGUGGAUGUCAUUUGUGUUACGAUAAUUUUAACGAUAAUUUUACGAUA